AUGGAAUCAUUUUCAGCAGAUAGCGCCAACUGGCGGCCGAAUCUCGAGGCCUUGGUCAACAUUGCUAAUGGCGGCCGACCAGCUGAUAUGGCCGACGUUCUUGAGAGGAGCCGGAGAGCAGCGAACGAUGGGUAUGCCCUACCUAGAGCUGACGGUCAUGCUCUCGAUGUGGAGAAAUUGCGUGGUUUUGGCAACAUCAGCGACGUAGCAGAUGGAGCGAAGACACUUGGAAGCACGACCUUGAUAGGCGACUCGGAAGCUGGAGGAGAUAUCGACUGGCGCCUCGUCGAUAUGGAAGAGAGUCACCCACCAGUCAGGGAUAUGGUCGCAGGCGCUGGGUCGGCCUAUGCUCUGGCAGAGCGCUUCGAGAAUUACCCGACUGGGAUCGAUAAUAGAGAUCUUAACCAGGACAAUGUCUCAGCCGAUCACGAGCGACGCAAAGAGAAAGCGGAGCAGGCAAAGGUAUUCGCCCAAGGAGACAGAAGCAGCUCAUACAAGAGAACAGCACAAUCCCCAUCAAGAUGGGUAGCAGGAAAAUCUUCAAGGCAUUGUCGCACCACUAGUCCGGCGAAUGGGAUUCCGACGCUCGAUGCAUAA